AUGAGCACUGCAGAGAAGCUGGGAGUGGUAUUUCUCGAACAAGGAAAAGCCUCUCAAGCCUUGGCUUACCUGGACAAGGCCCUCGAAUUCGACCCGGAGCACGAGCAAGCCCUUUUGAAUUCAGCAAUACUCCUGCAAGAAUUCGGAAGGGCGGAUCUACGGAAAAUCGCCAGGGAGCGAUUGCUCAUUCUCCUAGGCAAAGAUCCGAAUAACGAGAGAGUGCACUUUAACCUCGGAAUGUUAGCCAUGGACGAUAAAAAUAUUGAAGAGGCCGAGAACUGGUUUCGUAGAGCGGUCCAUCUCAAAUCAGACUUCCGAAGCGCCCUAUUUAACUUGGCCCUGCUUCUCGCCGACGACCAACGACCUCUAGAGGCAGCUCCGUUUCUAAACCAACUCGUGAAGUAUCAUCCAGACCACGUCAAGGGACUGAUAUUGCUCGGAGAUAUUUAUAUAAAUAACAUCAAAGACUUGGAUGCAGCUGAAAAUGUAAGUAUUAUGUCGUAA